ACAAACACACUAACCUCUCUUUCAAGUUUCAACUCUCUCUCUCCCUCUCUUUCUCUCUGUGCAAAAAACCAAGGGAAAAAAAAGCUCAAACAUAUCUAUCACACACACACUUGAUCCUUGAACUAUGAGACGAAUAACAAUAUCCAUUUCUAGAAACUAACACCAGUUUCUUCCAAAGAACUUGUGAGCGACUUGAAGCAGCAACUAACCAUCAUCAAAACAUGGAGAAUGAUGAACUAAGAGUGGCGAGCGCACGCAUAGGAAGCUCGAGUAUAUGGAGAAGCAGUGGUGCUGUUGAUGUGUUCUCAGGCUCUUCGAGGAGAGAUGACGAUGAAGAACAGCUCAAAUGGGCGGCCAUCGAGAAGCUUCCAACGUAUCUACGCUUAACAAGAGGAAUACUAACCGAAUCACAAGGCGAAUACACUGAGAUCGAUAUCAACAAACUCGGUCCCUUGCAGAGAAAGAAUUUGGUAGAGAGGCUAGUCAAGAUUGCUGAACAGGACAAUGAAAAGUUCUUGUUGAAAUUGAGAAGGAGAAUCGAUAGAGUUGGACUUGAUAUUCCGACAAUUGAAGUCCGAUUCGAGCAUUUGAAUGUUGAAGCUGAGGCUCAUGUUGGAAGCAGGGCAUUGCCAACAAACUUUAACUUCUGCAUUAAUUUGUUAGAGGGGUUCCUGAAUUCUCUUUGCCUUCUUCCGAGUCGAAAGAAGCCAUUCACGGUUCUUCAUGAUGUUAGUGGAAUCAUCAAGCCUAGAAGAAUGACACUGCUCUUAGGCCCUCCAAGCUCUGGAAAGACCACGCUGUUGCUGGCACUGGCCGGAAGACUCGGUAAAGAUCUUAAGUUUUCUGGGAGAGUUUCCUACAAUGGUCAUGGAAUGGAGGAAUUUGUGCCUCAGAGAACAUCAGCUUACAUAAGUCAAACUGAUCUCCACAUAGGGGAACUGACAGUCAGAGAAACGUUGGCCUUUUCAGCAAGGUGUCAAGGGAUCGGAAUGCGUUACGAUAUGCUGGCAGAAUUAUCAAGAAGAGAGAAGGCAGAAAACAUUAAGCCAGAUCCUGAUCUAGAUAUUUAUAUGAAGGCUGCAGCACUGGAAGGCCAAGAAACGAAUGUAGUUACAGAUUAUAUAAUGAAGAUUUUGGGUCUAGAAGUAUGUGCUGACACCAUGGUAGGGGAUGAAAUGAUUAGGGGUAUUUCUGGUGGACAGAAAAAGCGAGUCACAACUGGUGAGAUGCUAGUUGGACCAGCAAGGGCACUUUUCAUGGAUGAAAUAUCAACUGGUUUGGAUACUUCUACAACAUUCCAAAUGGUUAAUUCUUUGAGACAAUCCAUUCACAUUUUGAAUGGAACUGCUGUAAUAUCUCUUCUCCAACCAGCACCAGAAACUUAUGAACUAUUUGAUGAUGUAAUUCUCCUAUCAGAUGGACAAAUUGUGUAUCAGGGUCCAAGAGAAAAUGUUCUUGAGUUCUUUGAAUACAUGGGAUUCAAAUGUCCAGAAAGAAAAGGAGUAGCAGAUUUCUUGCAAGAGGUAACAUCAAGAAAAGAUCAAGAGCAGUACUGGGCAAACAAAGAUGAGCCUUAUACCUUUAUCUCUGUAAGAGAAUUUGCAGAAGCAUUUCAGUCAUUUCACAUAGGCCGAAAACUCGGCGACGAGCUCGCUACCCCGUUCGACAAGACCAAAGGCCACCCUGCUGUUCUAACCAAGAACAAGUAUGGUGUUAGCAAGAAGGAAUUGCUAAGAGCUUGUGUUUCAAGAGAAUUCUUGCUCAUGAAAAGGAAUUCCUUUGUCUACAUUUUCAAGAUGUGGCAAUUGAUUCUAACAGGACUCAUAACAAUGACAUUGUUCUUGAGAACUGAGAUGCAUCGGAACACAGUAUCUGAUGGCGGGAUCUACAUGGGGGCUUUAUUCUUUGUUCUGAUUGUGAUAAUGUUCAAUGGAUUCUCUGAGUUAUCCAUGACCAUUGCAAAGCUCCCUGUUUUCUACAAGCAAAGGGACCUUCUAUUCUAUCCUUCUUGGGCAUACUCCUUGCCAACAUGGAUCCUUAAGAUUCCUAUCACUUUGGUAGAAGUUGGUAUUUGGGUUGUCAUGACUUACUAUGUUAUAGGCUUUGAUCCAAGUUUUGAAAGGUUCAUCAAGCAGUAUUUUCUGCUAGCUUGCAUCAACCAGAUGGCCUCUGCACUUUUUCGAUUUAUGGGGGCAGUUGGGAGGAACCUAAUUGUGGCCAACACAUUUGGAUCAUUUGCUUUACUUGCAGUUAUGGUCAUGGGUGGAUUCAUCCUAUCUAGAGUUGAUGUGAGGAAGUGGUGGUUAUGGGGCUACUGGAUCUCUCCCAUGAUGUACGGACAGAAUGCUAUAGCUGUGAAUGAAUUCCUCGGAAACAGUUGGAAACAUGUUCCACCUAAUUCAACAGAACCAUUAGGUGUUAAGGUCUUAAAAGCACGUGGAAUAUUCCCUGAAGCACAUUGGUAUUGGAUUGGAGUUGGAGCUUCCAUUGGAUACAUGUUACUCUUCAAUUUGCUUUUCCCUUUGGCCUUGCAUUUUCUUGAUCCAUUUGGCAAACCACAAGCAUUGAUAUCAGAAGAAGCUUUAGCUGAAAGGAAUUCUGUUAGGAAUGAUCACAUCAUUGAACUUUCUUCUGGAAGGAAUGGAGCUUCUGAUAAAAGUAAUGGAAGAAGUGUGUCAUCAAGAACCUUGUCUGCAAGAGUUGGUGCUAUUAAUGGAACUGAUCGCAACAGAAAGCGUGGGAUGGUUCUUCCUUUCACACCUCUUUCUAUCACUUUUGAUGAAAUCAGAUAUACAUUAGACAUGCCACAGGAAAUGAAGGCCCAAGGCAUAGUUGAAGAUAAACUUGAACUGUUGAAGGGUAUUAGUGGAGCUUUUAGACCAGGAGUUCUAACAGCUCUAAUGGGUGUAAGUGGAGCUGGUAAAACCACUCUAAUGGAUGUGUUAUCUGGGAGGAAAACUGCAGGAUAUAUUCAAGGCCAAAUCACCAUAUCAGGGUACCCUAAGAAGCAAGAAACAUUCGCUCGCAUAUCCGGAUAUUGUGAACAAACUGACAUACACUCUCCUCAUGUCACAGUCUAUGAGUCACUUGUUUAUUCUGCAUGGCUAAGGUUACCUCCUGAGGUUGAUUCUUCCACAAGAGAGAUGUUCAUUGAGGAAGUUAUGGAGCUAGUAGAGCUGAAUUCAUUGAAAGAUGCAUUGGUUGGAUUACCUGGAGUGAAUGGUCUGUCCACAGAGCAGCGCAAGAGGCUAACUAUUGCAGUCGAACUGGUUGCAAAUCCAUCAAUAAUAUUCAUGGAUGAACCUACCUCUGGCCUUGAUGCCAGGGCUGCUGCUAUAGUUAUGAGGACAGUGAGGAACACAGUCAACACAGGCCGAACCGUAGUGUGCACAAUCCACCAGCCUAGCAUUGAUAUAUUUGAUGCUUUCGAUGAGUUACUUCUCUUGAAGCGUGGAGGCGAAGAGAUAUAUGUGGGGCCAUUAGGCCGCCAUUCUUCUCACCUUAUCAGUUACUUUGAGGGAAUUAAUGGAGUGCCAAAGAUCAAGAAUGGUUAUAAUCCUGCAACUUGGAUGUUGGAGGUUACUUCAGAAGCACAAGAGGAAGCUCUAGGAAUAAACUUUGCUGAACUAUACAAGAAUUCUGAUCUAUACAGGGGAAACAAGGCACUGAUAAGUGAACUAAGUACACCCCCAUCAGCUUCUAAGGACUUAUACUUCACUACAAAGUACUCGCAGUCGUUCAUAACCCAAUGUAAGGCUUGUCUUUGGAAACAAAACCUAUCAUAUUGGAGAAACCCUCCAUACAGUGCAGUGAGAUUCUUAUUCACAACAUUUAUCGCCUUGUUGUUUGGGACAAUUUUUUGGGAUAUUGGCUCCAAAAGGAAAAGAGCACAAGAUGUAUUUAACGCCAUGGGAUCCAUGUAUGCUGCAGUACUCUUCAUUGGGGUACAAAAUGCUACCUCCGUUCAACCUGUUGUGGCCAUUGAGAGAACAGUCUUUUACAGAGAAAAAGCUGCUGGGAUGUACUCAGCUUUGCCAUAUGCAUUUGGACAGGUUGCCAUUGAGAUCCCAUACAUAUUGCUACAGACCCUGGUAUAUGGUGUUAUAGUGUAUGCCAUGAUUGGGUUUGAGUGGACAGCUAUGAAGUUCUUUUGGUACCUGUUCUUCAUGUUCUUUACAUUUUUAUACUUCACCUUAUAUGGGAUGAUGGCUGUUGGUGCUACCCCAGAUCACCAUGUUGCUGGCAUAGUUUCUUUUGGGUUCUACUUGAUAUGGAACCUUUUCUCAGGAUUUGUCAUUCCUAGAACUAGAAUGCCAGUGUGGUGGAGAUGGUACUUUUGGAUUUGUCCUGUGUCAUGGACCAUGUAUGGAUUAGUCACUUCACAGUUUGGUGAUGUAACUGAACGCAUAGACACUGGAGAAACUGUGGGAGAUUUUGUAAAGAGAUAUUUUGGAUAUAGAGAUGAUUUCAUUGGUAUAGCUGCUGCUGUGGUUGUUGGCUUCGCAUUGCUCUUUGGAUUUACCUUUGCCUUUUCAAUUAAGGCAUUUAAUUUCCAAAAGAGAUGAAAACAUUUUUAUAUAUACAUUUGUACAGAAUUUAAUUAAUAAUGGAAUUGAAAACAGUGGAAUACUCGUAAAUGGUUGUAUAUUGGUCACACUGAAUUUGUUGGGGACGUUUUGUUGUGGAAGAGGCAAGUGUCUAUCUAGCUCUAGAGCUUCAUUGACCGAAGCAAUUCACAGUCCUUGGAAAAUUUACGAACAGUAACCUUUUUUUCUGGCGAGUUUCAUUGUGAGGCUUCUGGAAAUGGGUUGCUGAAAAUAUGUUCAAUGUGGGAACUUUUUUAGUUCUUUUAAUGUAAGAUUAUGGAAAAUGGUCAACGAUAGAGUGUUGAAAGAGUGAACUUUUUCUUCCUUUUCUUUUUUACCUUUCUUUAAGUUGGAUAAAACUUUGAACGUAAGAUUCUAGAAACUGGAUUUGUGAAAGUGGAUAGGAAGCAUUGGAAAGAAAAGAAAUGAAGAUGAAAAUUUUGAAUUCGAAGACACAGAAGGGAAAGUGUUUGGGGUUAGCACUAGCAAGUAGCAAGGGAGUUUGGACUUCUGUAACGCUGUCGAUUUUAAAAAGUUUUUUUUUUUUGUCUUGGUUUUCAAAAAGUUUAAACUUUGUGAUAUGUUUCUCAAAUGAGCAAUGCUAGGGCCAGCAUCAAUAAUGAUUUAAUGAUGUGAGAUUGAUGUAAGAUUUCAUCCAAUAGCUCACCUUUCUUUGCUGGCUACAUACUGGCUAAAAUUCAAUAAAAUUACUGACUCCUAGACUUUUCCUUCUCAAA